AGUCAUGAGCUAUGGUCACAAGUGAAGCUGGUGUGAGGCUCAGCAAUGGAGAGAACAUAAAACCUUAACUAUAUGCUUGAAGCUUUUCCACGAUGAACUUUGAACACUGUUAUUCAAAGUCUCGGGUCAAUUUUUAACAACAGAGUUGUGGCUACACCUACCAGUGUUCUUAGCAAGCUAUUAAGCAAUCAGAUGAAGGAGAAAAUCAAUAGAUAUCAAGGAUAAACCCCGAGAGCUGCUCUUACUUGAAUAUUUCAUGCUCUCUAGUGAAUAAUGCCUAGCCAACUGAACCACAGGACUGUCAGAUGCAGUCUAAUUGCUUGGCUGGUUUCCUCUUUAUUUUCCCAAACGUACGGAGUAAAUGUGUCAGGACCCAACAUUUUGCUGAUAAUGGCAGAUGAUCUUGGAUAUGGAGAUUUAGGAUGCUUUGGUAAUAAUACCAUCAGGACUCCUAAUGUUGAUCAGCUAGCAAAAGAAGGAGUGAAACUUACUCAGCAUAUUGCUGCAGCCUCACUUUGUACCCCCAGCAGAGCAGCUUUUCUGACUGGCAGAUACCCCAUCAGAUCAGGUAUGGUGUCUCAAAUUAACACACGUGUUUUCAUUCGGACCGGUGCCUCGGGAGGCUUGCCUGCAAAUGAAACAACAUUUGCUAAGUUGCUUCAGCAGAAAGGCUAUGCCACUGGCAUUAUAGGAAAAUGGCACCAAGGUGUGAACUGUGAAUCCCGUAACGAUCACUGCCAUCAUCCUUUAAACCAUGGUUUUGAUUAUUUCUAUGGUAUACCAUUGACCCUAAUAAAUGAAUGCCAGGCUAAUAAGGAUCCCGAACUGGAUGUCCAACUGCAAGCUACAUAUUGGUUUUGCACACAGAUGGUUGCCCUCUUAGUGUUUACUCUUCUUCUGAUAAAGAUGGCUGCUUUGUUCCCUGUGAAAUGGAAAACAAUUGCCUUCAUAACUUUGUGUGGUGUAUUAUUUUUUAUCUCCUGGUUUAUCAAUCAUGGAUUUGUAAGAUACUGGAACUGUAUGUUGAUGAGAGAUCACACAGUUAUCGAACAACCAAUAAACCUAGAAAAUGCUGCCUCCAGGAUAGUGAAAGAAUCUGUCGCAUUUAUUGAACGAAAGAAAGAAAGACCAUUCCUGCUCUUUGUUUCUUUCUUCCACGUCCACACACCCUGCUUCACCACAAAGAAGUUUCAUGGGAAAAGCCAGCAUGGUUUAUAUGGAGACAAUGUAGAAGAGAUGGACUGGAUGGUGGGAAAAAUUCUUGCUGCUGUUGACAGAGUGGGAUUAAGGAACAACACUUUUACUUAUUUUGCUUCUGAUCAUGGAGGAUCUUUGGAAGCUAGAGAAGGAAAUACCCAGAUCGGUGGUUGGAAUGGUAGACUUAAAGGUGGAAAAGGCAUGGGUGGUUGGGAAGGAGGAAUCCGUGUGCCUGGAAUAGUUAGAUGGCCAGGAAAGAUCGCUGCUAAUACCAUCCUUGAUGAACCCACAAGCCUGAUGGAUAUUUUCCCCACAGUGGCUCAUUUGGCUGGGGCACCAGUGCCACAAGACAGGAUAAUUGAUGGGAAGAACCUAAUAGCUUUACUGCAGGAAGAAGUUCAACACUCAGAGCAUGAAUUCAUGUUUCACUACUGCGGGUCGUAUUUACAUGCAGUGCGCUGGUACCAGAAAGAGAGUGGUGCUCUUUGGAAAGUCCAUUAUGUAACUCCGAACUUUAAACCACAGGAGGCUGGAGCCUGUUAUGGAAAUAAAAUGUGUCAAUGUUUCGGUGAUGGAGUCACCCAGCAUAACCCUCCUUUGCUUUUUGAUCUCUCAUGUGAUCUUUCAGAAGCCAAUCCCUUGUCCCCAACUUCUGAACCACUAUUUAAUAUUGUCAUAACUCAAAUUGCAAGAGUAGUGGCCAAACAUCGUAAUACUCUCACACCUGUUCCCCAACAACUUGAUGUAUACAAUGUUGUUUGGAAGUCUUGGCUGCAGCCAUGUUGUGGAACAUUCCCUUUUUGUUGGUGUAAUGAUGAAAGCAGUAAUGAUACCAUAAUUAUUUAAAUAGAUUUUAAGAUAAUUAUUUUGAUAAUAAACAUGUCUUAAAUAUUGUCUUCAUAUUGUUGGUGAGGAAUACGGUACUCAUAAUGUUCCUUUAAAGAGUGAAAUAGGAUGGCGAAUUACAAGCUUAUUUUGUCUGUAUAUUUCAUGAAUAAACAAUGCAGUACUUAACUACAUUAAAUUAUUUGCCUAUCCCUUUCUGGAUGAGACAACUGCUUCCCUUGAGACAUUCCAAACUGUAACAUCGUUUCUUCCUUUCUCUCUAAUGGAUCACCUCCUUAGCAAAUGUAGUUUUUACUUUCCAAACACAUGCUUGUAGACAGCCAAAUAUUUCCAAGCAACUUAAAUUUUAGUGAUCAACUGCAAGGAGGAGGAGGAGGAGGAGAUGGAAACAUCUCAUCUAAGGCAAAUGUUUGCUUUCUUUAACAUUUUCGCUUCAGAUCACUUUAUGAAUAUAGUCCACAAGGGUACAUAAUCUGACCCUUAUGUAUUAACAGUGGGCAGAAGUCACCUCUUUAGCAUCACUCUGGCUUCUUGCCCCCUCUGACUAUCUCUUUACAUUCUUUUAAUUAAGACAAAUAAAUAUAUAGCUGGCAUGCUACAAAACCAGGUGCCACCUUCCAGCAUAAUCUCUGUUUACAUGAAACACUUGACUCCUGUAUUGUAAUGGAAGGAAGGAAAGGUUUCACAAUUAAAAUAGUGCCAGUACAAUAAAUUUGAUAAACCUUUUUAUCAGCAGGCUCUACUGGAUAUCCAGAUGCUAUUCAUAGUAUAUUUACUGCUUUCUAAUUAUUCAUGACUAUAAUCUCUCUACUUUUAUAAGGUUCUUAAACCAAUAUGAUGAAAAUAGGGCCAUGCAAAUUUCAAGAAUAUAAAAUGUUUAUUUGAUAAUCUACUGUAUUACAAAAAUGAAAAAAAAUCUGGAAAUUAAAAAGUAGAAUUUACACCUUUUACUAAAUAUUUACAAAAUCAGAAAGUAUCAAACCAAAACUACAAAGAAAUAAGUAUGGGUGGAAAAACAUAAAUUAUCUAAUACUGACAUCUCCUCACAUGCAAAACUAAACUUCCUCAAGAAACUAUUAAAGGAAUCUCUGCUUUAGGACUGCAGCCUAAAACAGGGAAGAAAUAAUCACAAUAAAACUUAAGAGAGGGUGCAACAAAUAUAUUUCAAAUGUUCUAAAGUUUCAUUUUAAUUUGGUAAUCGUCUAAAUGAAUACAUAAGAGGUUAUGUAGUGUUUUAGUGGUUCACUUAUGCAUAAAGCUUUGAAACAAUGAUCCUAAGAUUCAGUGUUAAAGUUCAAAGAUGAUAUAUUCUUAAGUAAAAUGAAGGCUAUCAAGUUAUAAUUUCACUAUGGAUUACCCUCAACAGUAAAUAAAAAAAUAUUUCACAUUAUCAAUCAAAGAAGCCAGUGCACAAUGAGAAGAAAGUGGCCCAAUUAAUCCAAUAUGACCAAGUUUCUACUACCAACACUGUUAUAAUGCCCUAACAUUGUACCCAUGGUGAGCUUCCUGCCAUUAAUCAGAUAAAGUAUUCCUUCACCUUCCUGAUGAAAUGGGCUCUAGUUCACAAAGGCUAAUAGUACAAUAACACAUGACCUAAGAAGUUACAAGCUGCUCUAAGGUUUGGAUGUAGCAGAUUAAUAUUGCUAGCCCUCUUCCAAAUGUACUGACAGUACAGUUCCCAGAAUUCCUGGCCAGUAUGGACUUCAGUUAAAUUGCAGCUUGAUUAAUUUACACCAAAUAAAAAA